CGAAACAAAGUGGGUGAACACCACUUUGAUGAAAAGCUGAGUUAUGAUUUCUCCUUAAUAAAAAUGAUGAAUUUGUUUACAAUUCAGGUGCUCUGUUCUUGAUUAAGAUGUGAUGAUUGUGAGUUAUAGUUUAUGGGCUGGUUUGAUCUUGGUGUUUGAUGAUGAGGCAUUGUUUUACUUGGUAUAGCACAUUUGCUUUGACCAGAUUCGUUUAGCUAACUUGUUUUUCUUCGUGUCAUAUCAUCAUGACACAGCAAACACUACCUCAUCCUUCUUCCUUCACCUGUGAAUGCACUUAUGAUGUCUUCCUCAACUUUAGAGGUGUUGAUACACGCCACAAUUUCACUGGUAAUCUCUACAAUUCUCUUCAUGAAAGGGGUAUUCACACCUUCUUUGAUGAUGAAAGACUUAACAAAGGUGAAGAAAUCACACCAUCUCUUUUCCAAGGCAUACAAGAUUCUAGGAUUUUCAUUGCUGUUCUCUCUAAGAACUAUGCAUCCUCUACAUAUUGUUUGGAUGAACUAGUCAUGAUCCUUGAGUGCUCAAAGGCACAAGGACGGUUGUUUUGGCCUGUUUUUUAUGAUGUGGACCCAUCACAAGUUCGGCACCAGAGUGGCACUUAUGCAGAAGCUUUGGCUAUACUUGAGGAGAGGUUCAAGGAUGACAAGGAGAAGGUGAAAAAAUGGAGGGAGGCUUUAUGUCAAGCUGCUAAUAUGUCUGGAUCUCAUUUCCAACACGGUUCUCAAUCAGAAUAUCAGUUUAUUAAAAAGAUUGUUGAAGAAGUCUCUAAAAAGAUCGAUCGCACUCCUUUAUAUAUUGCUGCUAAAACGGUUGCAUUAGAGUCUCGAGUGCUAGAAGUGACAUCUCUCCUAGGACUCGGAUCUGAUAAGGGAGUGAACAUGGUAGGCAUUCAUGGAAUUGGUGGGAUAGGGAAAUCAACACUUGCUCGUGCUGUAUAUAACUUGAUUGCUGAUCAAUUUGAAGGUUGUUGUUUCCUUGCUAACAUACGAGAAAGGGCAAUUAAUAAUGAUGGUCUUGUACAACUCCAAAAAGCACUACUCUCUGAACUGCUUGGGGUGAAAGAUAUUGAAGUGGGAGAUGUUUACAGCGGAAUUCCAAUAAUAAAAAGGAGGCUUCGGCAAAAGAAGGUCCUUUUGAUUCUUGAUGAUGUUGACAAACUGAAGCAGUUAGAGGUAAUUGCAGGAGGAUGUGAUUGGUUUGGCUCUGGCAGCAGGAUCAUAAUCACAACAAGAGACAAGCAUUUGCUAGCCACUCAUGGGAUUGUAAAAUCAUAUGAGGUUAAACAGUUGAGUGACGAUAAAGCUCUUGAAUUGUUUAGUUGGCAUGCCUUUAAGAAAAACAAAAUUGAUCCAAUUUAUGUGGAUAUUUCAAAAAGUGCAGUUUCUUAUGCUCGUGGCCUUCCAUUGGCUUUGGAGAUGAUAGGUUCUCACUUGUUUGGCAAAAGUUUAGAGGUAUGGAAAUCUGCAUUGGAAAAAUAUAAAAGAACUGCUCAUAAAGAUAUCCAUAAAACACUUAAAAUUAGCUAUGAUGAUUUGGAAGACGAUGAGAAGGGAAUUUUUCUUGACAUUGCUUGUUUCUUCAAUUCUUAUGAAAUAAGUUAUGUCAAAGAAAUACUAUACUUACAUGGUUUUCAUGCGGAAAAUGGUAUUCAAGUGUUGACUGAUAAAUCUCUCAUAAAGAUUGACCUUAAUGGUUUCGUGAGGAUGCAUGACUUAAUUCAGGAUAUGGGCAGAGAAAUCAUUAGGCAGGAAUCAACAUUGGAGCCUGGCAGAUGCAGUAGAUUAUGGUUUAACGAAGACAUUGUUCAUGUUUUGGAAAAUGAUACGGGAACUGAUACAAUUGAAGCUAUAAUCAUCAACCUGUGGAAUGACCAAGAAGUGCAGUGGAGUGGAAAAGCCUUCGAGAAGAUGAAAAACCUGAGAAUUCUUAUAAUCAGAGAUGCACGCUUUUCUAGAGGACCUCAGAAUCUACCAAAUAGCUUGAGAGUGCUUGAUUGGAGUGGGUAUCCAUCACUGUCUUUACCAUCUGAUUUUAAUCCAAAGAAUCUUGUGAUACUUAGUCUGCCUGAAAGUUGCCUUAGAUCAUUUAAACCACUCAAGGUGUUUCAGUCGUUGAACUUUAUGGAUUUUGAAGGUUGCAAGUUCUUAACUGAACUACCUCGCUUAAGUGGUGUACCAAAUUUGGGGGCACUUUGUCUUGAUAAUUGCACCAAUUUAAUUAGAAUUGAUGGUUCGGUUGGAUUUCUUGAAAGGCUCGUGUCGUUGAGUGCUCGAGGAUGCACGCGGCUAGAAAUAUUGGUUCCCUCUAUCAACUUGACAUCUCUAGAAACUCUGGAUCUGAGUGGUUGCUCGUGUCUUGACAGCUUCCCAGAAGUUUUUGGAGUAAUGGAGAAUAUAAGAGAUGUUAAUUUGGACAAGACUGCUAUAGAUGAAUUGCCAUUUUCAAUUGGAAAUCUUGUGGGGCUCCAACGAUUGUUCUUGAGGGAAUGCCAAGGGUUGUUCUAUCUACCAAGUAGCAUCCAUAGAUUGUCUAAACUUGAGGUAAUAACGGCUUAUGGUCGUAGGGGAUUUCGCUUAUCUGAAGAUAAAGAAAAAGUGAGCUCAAAAGUGUUUCCAAACGCCAUGCUUGUUAAUUAUCAAGGCAAUAGAUGUUGGUUCUGCCUUGAUGUGUAUUAUCUUAAUAUAAGUCCCAAUAAUGUCAUAGAAGUAGGUAGACCUUCGUUGAUUCCCUCUGUGCAAAUUGAUGGGCUUUUGGUUCCUCAUUCCCUAUGGGCUAAAACGGUUAAAGGAGAGUGGGCAAGUUAUUAUGGCAGAUUUACAAGUAAUGGAACGCGGAUGUGUUUUUGGUUCCGAAACAAAUUCCCCAAGAUAGGUGUGUGUUGUGCUAGACAACCUGGCACGUAUGAAGACAAUAUGGUGUUGGAUUUCAAGCUCAGUGUAGUCAUCAAUGGCACUAAGCAAUUCAGUUCUUCAUGUAACUACGUAGUUUCUAGACGAGGAAUGAGGGAUAUAAUGCUUAGCUGUGAUCUACAAAGCAAAGCGGAGAGUGUAUUUUCAGAGCAUGAAUGGAAUAAGGAAACAACAAGGAGGAUAUCCAAUUUGCAUAAAGGAAUGUCAAGAGAUGCAGAGAAUAAAGGAAAAGCCGUUCGGUUCGUGCUUCUUCUCCAAUGUCGCAUCUGCAUCAUCUUGUAAUAUGUUUGAUGGUCACCUCUUUUCUAGAUUGGUGUUGGACUUUUUGCACUAUUUUCAUUGGUAGCUACAUGAUUAAAGGUUAUAAAAGGCAUUGUUGAUUACAAGGCUAUGAUUACAAGGAAACACAUUGUAUGGAUUCAGAGGUGGUCCUGCUGGCAUUAUGAAAGCGCAAAUACGUUGAACUCACCUCUGAUUAUAUUUAUCCUUAUAGAUAUCAGGUCCAUUUUUUCUUUUUCAUAAUUUUUUGAAACGUAAUCGUGCUUUCUUAGCUGAAUUUUCGAAAUGGUUGUUUUGGAUUUAUUUGAAAUAAAAAAGUUUAUUUACCUGUCACCUCGUAUUGGUGGAGAUGAUGACUCAAAACACAAAUGCAUGCCUCCUUGCUGAGAACUUCAGGUUUGUGAGGCCCUCAAAUAUGAGUGAACAAAGAAUAAAUAAAAUACAUUGAAGGAAAGUAUGGAAAAUUUGGAGUUGAUAGAAUGAACAACAACAAGCGCGGCGUGCUUGCUCGUUUGAAAACCCUGAUCAACUCACAGAGCUUCCACUCUCUUUUGCCCAAAGGAAGAGGACAAGGUAAAGUGUCUCCAGAAAUAGACACUUUAAGUGUUUUACUUGAGGUUGUUAACUAGGCAUGUUCAAAAUGUCCAAAAGAAUCUAUUCCCUAUUCUUGACAGUACUGCCAGUGUUGUGACCGUCCGAAACACUAUUCGAAGGCUGAGAGAGAAGACUGAAAGCUGAGAGCAAUUUACAAUAUUCAUUUUGUUUUCAAAUCCUAUGUAUAAAUUUUGUUGCUUAUUUAAAAUUGUCACAUUAUUUUUGGAUAGUUUGAUGGAGAAUAGAACUUUGG